GCGGCUGUCGACGAGCUAUCCCAGGCCCUCAUGAGCGACAUAACCUCAAAGGGCGAGCUGUGGCGGCGCCGCGGUGCCGCGUUAGGACGUGCUGUGAUAAUCUUCUGACGACGAGGGCUAGCCUGCCCCCAACGGCCCCCCCCCCGCCGGGGGAUGGGCCGGCUUCCUGAGACGCGCGCCCGGCAGCUCCGAUGACGUAUCUCGAGCUCCCAGUGUGAUCCUGCGGAGGGCGUAAAUGCCGUGGCCGAGGUCGCAGCCAUGAGCCUUCUAAGCCUCCGCAGCCGCUUAUUGCAGAGCCUCAUACUGGCUCUCGUCGGCCUUACCUUCUACACGUACUACAGGACGACGGCCAGCGAGAUACGGCAGUAUGCCUUUGUGCGGAGCUACAAUCGUUCCUCCGUCUUCUACGAACCGGUCCACGGCCACGCGAACGCGAGCAGCUCGGACGUGCCUACCAUGCCGCUGUCACGUAACCUGAAUGGCACUGACAGCGCUCCGAGCCCAACGCUCGUCAAUCCAGGCGGUAACGCAUCCAGCAUCAUCACCGUCGUCAACUCGGCGCCCUCGAACUUAGUUUCAUCCGCAUCCUCGUCCUCGUCGACGAGCACCGGCGCCAGCACGUCGACCAGCACGAGUACGACCACGACCACAACUACGACAACCACGACGACCGUGGCACCAUCAACCGCAAGCGUCGUCGACAAGGACUCGGCCCGAGCGAUCUACGUUGUUGGCCACACGGUCACCGUAGCCGAGAAGUGCCCGGACUUUGGCAAAUUCAUGGACCUCGUCAUAAUCAUCAUGUCGGCCCCGACACACAUCGAGGCACGCACUGCCAUACGUCAAACCUGGGGCCACUUUGGCCAGAGGAGGGAUAUUAGCAUCCUCUUCAUGCUAGGCGAUACGAGCGAUCCCAAGUUCGAGAGGAGCCUCGAGCGCGAGCAGGACAUGUACGGCGACAUAAUACGCGGCCGUUUCAUCGACUCCUAUGCAAAUCUCACCCUCAAGACGAUCUCAACCCUUGAGUGGGUCGACAGCUACUGCUCGGAGGUGAAGUUCGUGCUAAAGACGGACGACGAUAUGUUCAUCAACGUGCCGCGGCUCGCCUCGUUCAUCAACAAGCACAGGCACGACAAGAGCGUGAUAUUUGGCAAACUCGCGAAAAAGUGGAAGCCCGUGAGAAGCAAGUCUAGCAAGUAUUUUGUCUCGCUGGCUCAAUACAAGAAGCCCUUCUAUCCGGACUUCUGCACGGGACCGGCCUACCUUAUGUCCAGCGACGUCGUGCGCAAUCUCUACGAGGGCGCCCUCAACGAGACCUUCCUCAAGCUCGAGGACGUCUUCGUCACGGGGAUCGUGGCCAACAAGCUGGGCAUCAGGCGCGCCCACGCCAACGAGUUCCUCAACAGGAAGAUCCCGCACAGCCCGUGUAACGUCCAACGGGGCAUCAGUAUACACAUGGUCAAGUACAGCGAGCAGUUCGACCUUUGGAAGAAGCUCCUCGACGGCAAGACCAAGUGCAAGCCUUAAUCCUCGGGACGAUAUUAUUAUUUCGUUUAACCUUCUCCGUAGUAUUAUGCCGAGUGGUCGAGUCGGGACGGUAUUAUGGUCCUAUCGGGUGAUUUCUGAGAAAAUGUCCCACGUCGAUACGACUCCCCGAACUCCCAAUUAUUGCUUCCGCAUGUUGACACU